CCUGGCAACUCUACCUAUCUCGUGACGGGAAUCGGUCACGAGGUAAAAACAAGCCUCGACGCCGCGGCUUCAGCAGGAAGCUGCAGUCUGGACUCGGCGUCGAAUCGACCGUUUUAUUUUUGCCGUUCGUCACUUCGGGGUGGCUGGAGAAAGUUCCUCCUGACUUGAUGCUAGCAUGUUAGCCGUAGCUGUAGCCUUGUUGUCCGGCGCUCUGGCGCUCCGGGCCGCGGCUCUGUACACUCCAGACUGGGCGAGUUUGGACUCCAGGCCGCUGCCUUCCUGGUACGACGAGGCCAAGGUGGGCAUUUUCGUCCACUGGGGUGUGUUUUCCGUACCGGGCUUCAGGAGUGAGUGGUUCUGGUGGGACUGGCAGGGCCACCAGCCUCCGAACCCGGACUGUGUCAGCUACAUGAAGAAGAACUACCGUCCCGGCUUCAGCUACGCCGCCUUUGCGCCCCAGUUUCACGCUCAGUUCUUCAACCCGGAUCAGUGGGCUGAUAUAUUCGAGGCUUCUGGUGCCAAGUACGUCGUGCUGACUUCCAAACACCACGAAGGCUUCACCAACUGGGAAUCUCCAAACUCUUGGAACUGGAAUUCUGUUGAUCUUGGUCCUCAUAGAGACCUGGUUGGAGACCUGGGAGAGGCAGUGCGCAAGAGGUCAUUGCACUAUGGCCUCUAUAAUUCCUUGUAUGAGUGGUUCCAUCCGUUGUACCUGUUGGACAAGAAGAAUGGAUUCAAAACACAGGAGUUUGUGUUCUCCAAGUUGCUGCCGGAGCUUUAUAACCUGGUCGUGAGAUACAAGCCUGAGUUGAUCUGGUCUGACGGGGACUGGGAAGCACCUGACACGUAUUGGAAUUCCACUCACUUCCUGGCCUGGCUCUACAACGCCAGCCCUGUUAAGGACACUGUUGUGGUCAAUGACAGAUGGGGUGCCGGCUGCUACUGCAAACAUGGCGGCUACUAUAACUGUGCUGACAAGUAUAAUCCACCCGAGUUACCCAAGCACAAGUGGGAGAAGUGCACAUCUGUGGACACUUUGUCCUGGGGUUACCGAAGGAACAUGAUGAUGGUUGAACUGAUGGACUUGAAUACAAUCAUCAAGGAUCUGGUAAACACUGUAGCUCUGGGUGGUAACUAUCUUCUGAAUGUGGGUCCCACAUCUGAUGUGAUCCCUGUCGUCUUUGAGGAGAGGCUCAGGGGCCUGGGCGCCUGGCUGAAGAUCAACGGGGAGGCCAUCUAUGCUUCCAAACCUUGGCGAGUCCAGAGAGACAACACCACCAUACCGUCUGGUACACAUCUAAAGGCAGCAGUGUGUACGUCACCUUUGCAAAUAAACUGCCAAAGUCCACGCUGCUCCUGGCUGAUCCCCGCACAUCAGCGCACACACAGGUGACGCUGUUGGGGAAUCCUAAUUCUUUACCGUGGGCCCCAGCCGGCCCAUCCGGUGGCAUUAUCAUCCUUCUUCCUGAACUUCCUGCUGUUCCCGGUCAGGCCUGGACACUCAGACUGGACGGUAUCCAGUGAGCCUGACAGUCACAUGUUUUAGAUUUUUGACACACUCAGGUUUUGAUUCAAGAGGGAAACAUUUGCACUAUGAUUUUACCUGGGGGGGCAGUACAGCUGUAAUGGAUAAAUAUGAUUGCCAAAAUGAAAGCAUGGAACACUUGCUCUCAGGGGGUCUCUUGUUGCUCUGUGUGCUUUGGUAAUUGUCCUCUUGUAAUGAUGAAGCGAUUAUGAAUGUAAACUGGAAUCUGCUGUCGGGCUCAUGAAGCUUUUCUCUCCCACUUUCAGACGGCUAAUUGUUCUGUCUCAAAAAUGUCUCCUUUCAGAGGGAAUUGUGAGGAAAAUUAAGUUUCCACACAAAAAUGAUCUUUACUACAUUUUUCCUGUUUGUUUUUUUAAGUGAUGAUUAAAUAUUGUCAUAUGUCUGACAUGAAAUAAAAGUAUAAGUUUCAUGAUUUGA